UCUUAACCACCGGACCGCCAGGGAAGUCCCCCAAGUUUCAUUUUAAUUGAAGCAUUUUAGCUUCAAUUUUAGGCACAUAUCAAACGGCACACAUAUGAAAAGGUGUGCAAGCAGGGGACAUGGUAUGGCGUGGUGGAAUGGGCCCGGCUUCCUGGCCCAACCAGCAGUGUGACUUGGGCAAUCAUCUAAUCGCUAGAUGUCACAGAUUUAUCAUCUGUAAAACGGCUACGACAGUCUCUACCCUCCCACUGUGCCGGCUUGUUGCGUGGCCUAGGAGAGUGGGUGGUGAAAUCUUUUUGUAAACUGUAGAAAGGCAUGCCGGAUCCAUGUGGCGUCUGCACUUCAGUGUCUGACUCAGGGGUCGGAGCUCGUAAGCUACUCCAGGCAGGGCUACAAUGGGCCUUUCUGGCACGUGGCCGCUCUUUUCAGGCCGUGUCUGACCCGCAGCUUAUUGGAGUCCUAUUGAGUUCCCAGGGGCAGCUGCUAGGUCAGCCUCUCAGGCAUUUUGGGUGGCAGCCUGUACGCACACCUGGAAAGACUUUGAGACUUUUCUCAACCAGUUUCCGGGAGGGAAUGAAGCCCUAUUGGAAGUGAUGAAUUAACUUUUCCCUUUUUCCUUUAGGGUCAUACUAGGAGGCGUUAGAAAAUAAACCCUCAUCAUUUGCUGUGUUCUGUGGUUCCAGGGAAUGAGAGGCCCAAGAGAGCCAGGCACUUGUUCAAGGUCACACAGAGUUGGUGCAAAGGCAGCACUCAAAACCAGGAGGCCCCUAAUUGCCAGGCCAGGAUUGCAGGAUGGGUGACACGACCCUUUCCAUUCCUUCUGCAUUUUGAAAAUGGAGCAGUGCUCCAUUUACAUCUCUGGCUCUGAAAGUGCAUUUGUUGAGCUGUUUCCCCAGACCACCCGGUCUGCAAGAGUGGUGGGUUUGGGAGGCCUGAGCAGCACCCUUCUUCCUUGAGAGCUGAGGUCACCAGCUCUGGCUUGUUCUGGGCUGCGUGUGGCUAAUUGCAUUGUGGCCCCAGCACUAAGUGGUUUCUGAAAAAAAGGGCAAAAAUGAUGGGAAAGACUUUGGGGUCCUCUGGGAAUCGGAGCCUCAGCAACAGCGGCUGCUACCAUUGCUGGAAACGUUUUCCUUGAGUGCCAGAGGGCGCCCACAGCCCAUCCCUGUCAGUGCGGAGCAGCCGCAGCCCGGGGAGGGGCCGUGGACCCUCACGGAGGGAGGCAGGGGAGGCACCUCUUCUCCCCACAGCAGCUCAACUCUCCCUACGAGUGGAACGGCCUUCGAGCUCACCGCGCCUGCUGAGUCUGGGGUGUGCCUGCGUCUAGCUGGUGAGUCCCUUUUGUAGUUGGAUGUUCGCUUUUAGAAACAUCUAAAAGCGUUUGACAGCAUAGUGAGCUGUCAAAAGCUGGGGUAUGCCUCUUUCCAGCUGUGUGACUACGGGCUGUUCAACUAGCCUCUCAGCGCCUCACUUACCCCAUCUGAAACCUGGGGAUAAUAACAGUGGCUUCCUCAAAGCCCAUGGUGGGUCUUAAGUGGUGCCGGAGUCGUAGGGCACUUAUCCUAGCCAACCGUGAGCACUUGGUAAGUGAUGGUGGAGGUUGCUAUUAUCACUGUGUAUCAUCUGCCCCAGGGGCAUCCUGGGGUGAAGAAGCUUUGGCUGCUGCAGAGGCCAGCGGUUCGUGGCUGGAGGAUUCAGUGCGUAGUCCUCUCUGGAGUGAGGGAGCGCUGGGCCGGCAGGCAGGAGCCCUGGGUCCUUGUCUAGCCUCCACUCUCUGUUUUUGGUAGUGUUCCUCUGGCUCUUCAUCCACGGGUUGCAAACCCAGCUCUCCAUCCCUCUUUAGGAGAUGCUCAGUAGGAGACGAGAAUGAUCAAGGCCGGGUGCUAGACCAGCUCCCAAAAGCCCGAAUGGAAGCCAGAUGCAGAUGGAUGCUUGGGUGCUAGACCAGCUCCCAAAAGCCCGAACGGAAGCCAGAUGCAGAUGGAUGCUUUGGGCACAGAGGGGAGGAGAAGAGCUGUACCCCAGGAUGUCUCACCUGGACUGGGGAGAGGGGAAGGGAAGCCUCUCCCAGGUGAUGGGCAGUGUCCUUCCUGGCUCUAGAGUUGAGAAAGACCCAGAGGCCAAACCAGGCCUUUGCUGGGCAGAGUCUUUUCUCGAGACCAUCCUUUAGUCCAGAUGGGUGAAUUUGUGAAUCUUAUGUAAAACAGAAACACCAUCUCCAUCAGACACCCCAAAUCGCGGUUGGAAAUUCCCCCAACUCUGUAGAAUGUUUGGCUCUGACAGGUGCAUUGCCAUGGGGCGCACGUGCUGGGCACACCUCAGGCCUGGCAGUGCAGACUAUCUUGUCCCUGUUCAUCUCCCCCAGCCUAGAGCAAAUGGCCUCUUAGUCCUUGUCCCUCCCUCUGUCCUGGGAGAAGCUUGGUUUCCAGUAGGGAAUCAGGUGCAGGGCCUGCAGGGCAGAUUCAGGGUUUGUUGACUGACUGACUGAUGGCACUGUGUGGGCUGCUUCAUGCUUACUGAGUUUGGUUAGAUUUGGACCAGUCAGAGAAUGAGGCAAAGCUGCAAGAAAGAACAGCACUGAAAGGUUUGUUGAGGCUCCUGCUAAUAGGUGCUCUCUUGUCGGGCUGUUAAGAGCUGCUAGCUGGGAAGCAGGUUUAUUUUUGGUUUUGCAGCCAGCCUUAUCCAGAGGGAGACAUUCCUGGGAGAGCCAGGCCUGGCAUAUGGCCUGGACCUGAUUUGUGUUUGUUGUGGGGUUUUGAGCUUCCUGGGAUGCUUGUUUUGAGCAGGAGGGUGCUGCAGGUUUGGGGCUUCUGAAUGAAAGGGCAUUGUCCCCACCUGCCUGGCCCCAGGGCUGGGAAGGCCUGGUCUGAUUGGCCCCCAGCCCUUGGUGUGUGGUCUGGGGCUGAUUUUCAUGACUGAGAAAGAGCCCUGAGGCUUUCGGUGGGGGGGUAGAGUGCUAGAGAGGCUCGGGGGCCAGGCUGCCUGGGAUCAAAUCCAGGUUCCACCUUUUACUAACUGUGUGACCUCGGGUAAGUAAUAUAAUUGCUCUGUGCCUCAGUUUCCUCAUCCAUAAAAUAUUUCCCUCUUAGAGAUGUGAGAAUAAAGCGAGUGAAUGCCUGUAAAGUGUUAGAACAGUGUUUUCCUUUGCACAGCAUGGGCUCAAACACAUCAAUUCCUCUCAUUCUCAUUAGCCUCCCAUGCCUUUUAAUCGCCAAUACGAUCCCCAUCCUAUGAACAGGCCUCGAUGGGAAGCUUCUCAUGGCUUCCUGCCAUCUGAGCAGUAAUGUCCACAUCUUGUUCCUUGGCGUUCAGGGCUGACAGCCAUCUGGUUCCGACCCCACUGACUUCCUCUUCAUCAGCUUCUCUGGGGGUCUCCAUCCUCUUCCCUAGUCCCAGCCCAGCCUUGUUCCAUUUCCAGGCCCAGCUCAUCUGUCACCUCCUCCACGAAGACUUCCUCAGCACCCCGGGCCCUGCUGUGGUUCCCCUGCCCCAGCCAGCACCUAGUUUCUGUCUCCGAUGGGGUCUCAGUCCUCUCUGUGCCCCCAGCACAGGGCUGGGUACCCAGUAGUGUCAGUGGAUGGGUGUUGAAUGAUGGGAUGCACACAUGGGUGUUGGUUGGAAGUGGGGCAUACUUCCUGCAUCAGGGUUUCCACCUAAUGGAUGAAUCAGAGAAAGACUCAGGCCCUCCUGAAUGCAGAACAACAGGCAGGAGUGGAAACGAGCCUGUAGUCAUCAUCUGUCCUAUUCACAGGAUGCGAAAUGGUAAGGCUGCCUCUUUUUCCGCGUGGAUCUGGGCAUCAGAUCAUAGUCGAGUUAUUGUCACAGCCCAGUCACAUGCUCUGAGUUUUCACUGCCUGAACUUUCACUUGAACAUGCAGGCUUGAGAAGCCUCCCAUUCCUUCAGUGGCUGUUUUCUGGAAUCCGGCCACUGCCGGAACAUGAAUCUCUCUAACUUCCUAUGGAAAUGGGAGCCAGAGGGUCUGUAUCUGAUCUCACUCCUUCCCCAGCACAGCUUUUUUUUCGUAAAGACAUGGAUCUGGUAAGUGCCCUGCCCAGGUGGAGUUCACAGGGCAGGGUGCGGAGAUAACGGUGAGGCAUAGAAAUUGCUAGACUGCAUGGUGGACGGUGCUAAGAGGGCUGUGAGGAGGGAUGAAAUGAACUGGGCCCCUCUGGAGGGGGAGGGGAGCAGCACGAUGAGUGCAGGGAUUAGGGGACGUGGAGGAAGUGGCAUCAGUGGGGAGGUGGCAUCUAAGUGGUGGUGCGGUUUGGACAAGAGGAGAAGGAGGAAAAAGCACCCCAUGUGGAGGCAUUGUGGAGGCCAAGGUCCCUGAGAUGUGGGACAGCGCUGAGUACCAGGGAGUGAUGGUGCCCAGUCGGGAGGGGAAGAGUAGGAAAGGAGGUUAAGAAAGAGUGGAAAACAGUAUCAACAGCAGUUUACAGCCAUAGGUGCUGGCACCAGCUGCCAGUGUAAGUCCAGGUGUUCAGGCCUAGAAGGCCCACCGGCGCUGAAUCACUUAAAGUCUAAAAGUUUAGGGCCAGGAUGCUUGAAAUAUACUAAUUUCACAAAGAUGACAAAAAGUGCAAAAAAUCCCCUGCAAACUCAACCGUUGCAGCAGCCAGGUCGAAGAGCAAAGGUAGGAGAGUGCGUGGCUGAUGGGGGGGGGGUGACACACAGCACCCAAGGGCCCAUGCAGUGUGGAGUGUGAGUGCCAGUCUCUGCCAGCAGCCACCUUGCUCCUGGGGACGCAGACUGCUCGGCUCUUUGGGGCUGAGCCAUCCUGAGCUCCUCCCCAGAUGCACAGCCAGAGAUUAGCCUCUCCUCCUGUUUCCCGUAUUCUGAUCUUGGAGGGAGGCAGAGCAGUGGUUAUCAUCCCUACUCUGCAGACAAGGCAACUGAGGCCCAGAGAUGAGGAGGAACCAUCCAUCCUGAUGGUCCCAAGCAGGGGGCUCAUUCAUUCCUGGAGGCUGCUGGCCAUGGGUCUGCUAGGCCUGCUCCCCCUGAGGCCUCUGGGGUGGGAGGUACAACACCCCUGAAAGCUUCCUUUCUGGAAGGCUGGGGGCAGGAGCUGUCGGACUUCUGGGCUGUCCUGCUUCACAGGAGCCUUUGCAGCAAGGGCAGUGGGGGCUAGGGUCAUGCAGCCCUCCAGCUGGGAGCAAACCCGAUCUUGGUGGCUGCCCGCAGGCCGCCUCUCGGGCCACAGAGGAUCUGACAGGAUGAAGAAAUGGGGGAGCUCAGACUUACGGGAAUCUCAGGACCUGCGUCAAGAGGACUCCUGCCCAGAGCUCCUAGAUGGAGACCCUAACUCCAGGCCAGCUCCAGCCAAGCCCCACAGCUUCCCUGUGGCCAAGAGCCGCAGCCGGCUCUUUGGAAAGGGUGAUUCGGAGGACACAUCCCUCAUGGACUGCUCUUAUGAGGAAGGUCAGCUGGCAUCCUGCCCGGCCAUCACAGUCAGCCCUGUUGUCACCGUCCAGAGGCCUGGGGAUGGUCCCACCUGUGCCAGGCAGCCAUCCCAGGACUCUGCUGCCGAGAACCUCAAGCUCUAUGAUCGCAGGAAGAUCUUCGAAGCUGUUGCUCAGAAUAACUGUGAAGAGCUGGAGAGCCUGCUGCUCUUUCUGAAGAAUAGCAAGAAGCAUCUCACGGACAGCGAAUUCAAAGACCCGGACACAGGGAAGACCUGCCUGCUGAAAGCCAUGCUCAACCUGCACGACGGGCAGAACGACACCAUCCCCCUUCUCCUGGAGAUCGCCCGGCAGACGGACAGCCUGAAGGAGCUGGUCAACGCCAGCUACACGGACGGCUACUACAAGGGCCAGACAGCACUGCACAUUGCCAUCGAGAGACGGAACAUGGCACUGGUGACCCUCCUGGUGGAGAACGGGGCCGACGUCCAGGCCGCGGCCAAUGGGGACUUCUUUAAGAAAACCAAAGGGCGGCCUGGCUUCUAUUUUGGUGAGCUGCCCCUCUCCCUGGCUGCGUGCACCAACCAGCUGGGCACCGUGAAGUUCCUGCUGCAGAACUCCUGGCAGUCGGCCGACAUCAGCGCCAGGGACUCGGUGGGCAACACUGUGCUACACGCGCUGGUGGAGGUGGCUGACAACACGGCCGACAACACCAAGUUUGUGACGAGCAUGUACAAUGAGAUUCUCAUCCUGGGGGCCAGACUGCACCCCGCGCUGAAGCUGGAGGAGCUCACCAACAAGAAGGGGCUGACGCCGUUGGCUCUGGCCGCCAGCAGUGGGAAGAUCGGGGUCCUGGCCUAUAUUCUCCAGAGGGAGAUCCAGGAGCCCGAGUGCAGGCACCUGUCCAGGAAGUUCACUGAGUGGGCCUACGGGCCCGUGCACUCCUCACUGUAUGACCUGUCCUGCAUCGACACCUGUGAGAAGAACUCAGUGCUGGAGGUGAUUGCCUACAGCAGCAGCGAGACGCCUAAUCGCCAUGACAUGCUCUUAGUGGAGCCGCUCAACCGCCUUCUGCAGGACAAGUGGGACAGAUUCGUCAAGCGCAUCUUCUACUUCAACUUCUUCAUCUACUGUCUGUAUAUGAUCAUCUUCACCACGGCCGCCUACUACAGGCCUGUGGAAGGCCGGCCUCCCUUUAAGCUGAAACACACCGUUGGGGGCUAUUUCCGAGUCACUGGAGAGAUUCUUUCUGUAGCAGGGGGAGUCUACUUUUUCUUCCGAGGGAUUCAAUAUUUCCUGCAGAGACGGCCAUCACUGAAGACCUUAUUUGUGGACAGCUACAGUGAGAUGCUUUUCUUCGUGCAGUCGCUGUUCAUGCUGGGGACCGUCGUGCUAUACUUCUGCCACUGCAAGGAGUACGUGGCCUCCAUGGUUUUCUCCCUGGCCAUGGGCUGGACCAACAUGCUCUACUACACCCGCGGCUUCCAGCAGAUGGGCAUCUAUGCUGUCAUGAUUGAGAAGAUGAUCCUGAGAGACCUGUGUCGCUUCAUGUUUGUUUACCUCGUUUUCUUAUUUGGGUUUUCCACAGCGGUGGUGACACUGAUUGAGGAUGGGAAGAAUGGCUCCGUGUCGGCUGAGUUGACGUCACACAGGUGGCGAGGUCCUGGCUGCCGGCCGUCCGACAGCUCCUACAACAGCCUGUACUCCACGUGUCUGGAGCUGUUCAAGUUCACCAUCGGCAUGGGUGACCUGGAGUUCACGGAGAACUAUGACUUCAAGGCUGUCUUUGUCAUCCUGUUACUGGCCUAUGUGAUUCUCACGUACAUCCUCCUGCUCAACAUGCUCAUUGCCCUCAUGGGCGAGACGGUCAACAAGAUCGCACAGGAGAGCAAGAACAUCUGGAAGCUGCAGAGAGCCAUCACCAUCCUGGACACGGAGAAGAGCUUCCUUAAGUGUAUGAGGAAGGCCUUUCGCUCAGGCAAGCUGCUGCAGGUGGGGUACACAGCUGACGGCAAGGACGACUACAGGUGGUGUUUCAGGGUGGACGAGGUGAACUGGACCACCUGGAACACCAACGUGGGCAUCAUCAAUGAAGACCCGGGCAACUGUGAAGGCAUCAAACGCACCCUGAGCUUCUCCCUGCGGUCGGGCCGAGCUGCAGGGAGGAACUGGAAGAACUUUGCCCUGGUUCCCCUCUUAAGAGAUGCAAGUACUCGAGAAAGACACCCUGCCCAGCCUGAGGAAGUUCAUCUGAAGCACUUCGCGGGGUCCCUCAAGCCAGAAGAUGCCGAUAUCAUCAAGGAUUCUGCUGCUUUAGGGGAGAAGUGAGGGACCACACAGGGUGCUCUCAACCCUGUGGGCCUUAGGAAAGCCCACUGUCUCCGGUAAGAGGGUGUGUAGGGGCCACCAGUGAUGCUUCAGCAGCCUGGCCCUACCAGCACCCUCCUCGCAGGCCCUUUCCUAGACCGCACGGAACAAGCUGCAGGAGGCAUUGCUGGAUGCACGGGUAGAGAUAGUCACGCCACCCUCACUGUCCCCAGCUGACUCUCCUAACACAAAAGGAUAUUGCUUUCCAGUUUUUACUGACUUUGUCAAACAUGGCGAAUGAGAAAUCGCCACGUGCAUGUAUGCGAUGCCCCAGUUUCCUUUGAUUUUAUAUUCCUGGGAGUGAAAGGCAGCGAUGCCCAGGGAAACACCUUUUAGAACAAAACACUUCUUUGAGAUAAAAUGCCGAAGCCCUUGUCUAUUUUGUCCUUAACAUCUCCCCUGUACAGAGUGGUCUGGGGGUGACGAUGGUUGCUCCUCCGAGAAGGUGGGGGAACCUGGCCCCAUUCUCAGCUCUGCCAGAAUCAGGUGUUUCUGGAGUGACUCCCUCCUUCUGUGUGAUCCAUCACAGUUCCAAAAAUAUUAGCUCUAUCGCUGUUCAAAUAAAAGUACAGAACCAUGUCCCAAAGCCGCGUGGCAAGAAUUUUUUUAAUGAUCUUCCCUCUGUAGUGGCCAUAAUCCUGCUCGCCUACAGUGAUACCUACUUCCACCUCUACCCAUCCUGCCAUCCAUCA